CAGCGACAUGCUCAAAUGAGCACAGUCAGAGACAAAAAAAACCUGACAUCCUACCUCCGUUCAAGAAGAUCACUAUUUAAACCCGCGUUUGCUCCGCGGUUUGCAUUUUUUGGGGUGCAAGACCGGUGGGAACAUUUAUUGAUUUUAAGGGCACGAUGUUACCUCUGAUGCUGAUGUUAUCCGUGGUUUCAUUGGCACACAGUGAUGAUGAUUUCUGUUAUGAUGAAAAGCACUGUGAUCCAUAUGCAUGGGGAGACAACUACCCCUCCUGCCAUCCCCUUCUGGAGAGCCAUCACUCUCCCAUCAACCUGGACCAUCAGCUGAUGAAGAACCAAUCUUUAGACUCUCUGCACCUGGAGGGUUUUAAUUUGACUCAUAAAGGUCAAUGGUGGCUGACAAACCAGGGUCACUCUAUUGUGCUGGAGGUGGGUAACGGUAUGCAGGUGAGUGGUGGAGGGCUUCCUGGGACUUACCGCACCAUCCAGCUGCAUUUUCAUUGGGGAAGUGCAUCUUCAAACGGAUCUGAACACACCCUGGACCAUCUGAGAUUUCCUAUGGAGAUGCACAUAGUCAACAUCAAAUCCACACAUCCAAAUCUGACAUCCGCGCUUGAAGACCCAACUGGCCUUGCUGUGCUUGGAGUCUUUGUUGAUGUGACAUAUUUGCACAAUGAAAACUUCCAGUCCAUCUCAAAUGUGCUGCCUUCUGUCGCCAACAAAGGACAAACAAAAUCGAUCAGACCAUUUCCUUUGAUGAACCUGUUACCUCAAAACAACCUAACGCAGUAUUACCGUUAUCACGGCAGCCUCACAACACCGCCCUGUUCACAGGUGGUUUUAUGGACUGUGUAUGAAGUGCCCAUCUAUAUCUCAUGGGCUCAGUUAGAGCUGUUUGUAUACGGGAUAUAUUCCACAGAGGAAGAAGCCGAUAUACAGGUCCCCUUGCAGAACAACUACAGACACAUCCAUCCAACCUACGGCCGGCCUGUGUACGCGUCCAAAGAUGCUAAGCUUCUCACCAAUGGAGUUUCUCAUCUUGCCAUUUCAAAUCUUUUUAAUAUUCUUUUAUUUAUUGGAUUUUUAAACAUUUUGCAUAUUGCAGAACGACAGUAUUAAACGUCCAAUUCAAAUACUGUGUCAUAAACUACUCAGAAAGCAUCACUAUCUGGUCUAAAGACCUGUUCACACCAAGAGUUAUGUCUUCAGCCCCUUUAAAUGCUCUGGCUGUUUAAAGUCAGGUGAAUUCUGAUUGGCUGUCAAUGAAUUUACAGUUCAUCAACUAAAAAAAAAAAAAGGGGUUGAAACUGUUACAACCAUAUAGUUUCUCAGUGUCAUUAUCAUUAUAGCUGCAGUGUGGACUUACCUAUUCUCAUAAAAAUUUUAAAAUAGUAUAAUUAUUAGUUAACUUUCAAAAACAAAAACUAUAACAGCGAUCACAACACCACACAAUUAUAUGGAAGCCUGUUUUCACCACUGAAUAACAAAUUAAAAAUGCUAUUGCAUCUUUAAUGCAAUUCUAACUUUUUUCUCAUAAUUGCGUGAUACAAACUUGCAGUUGCGAGUUAUAAAGUCAGAAUUGCAAGAUAUAACGUCAAAUUCUGAAUUUUUUUUCAGAAAUGUGAUAUAAAGUCACAAUUUGUGAGAGACAGAAUUGUGAGAUAAAAACUUGUAAUUACACCUUUUUUCUCACAAUUGUGUGUUUAUAUCUUGCAUAAAUAAAAAAAUGCUAUUGUGACUUUUUCUCGCAAUUUCGACUUAUUUCUCAUAAUUGCGCGAUACAAACUUGUAAUUGCGAGUUAUGAAGUCAGAAUUGCGAGAAAUAACAUCAAAAUUCUGACGUUUUUUUCCCCCCAAAGUUGAUAUA